UUGUCUUGUGACAACACAGUGAGCUCUUGAAGAGAGGGGAAAAAAGGGGAACAGACGCUCACAGACUUCACACACAGGGAACUUCGGAUGAGACCAUGAAAGAAGACUUUGAGGUUUUGAUUUUGUGCUGAAGUUUAUUGGCUUAUUGGCAACAAAUCACAAACUCCUAAAACAAACGAAUGAAACGCACAGCAUAGGCCUAACUUGCUCAAAACUUUUUACAAGAAUGGAUAUUAAGGGAGUGUCAGCUGAAGCAUCUGUUUUAGGCUAUAUUUAAUAUGUCUGAUUUUUCACCUCGGAUUGUUCGAUUUUCCUCAAACUCGAAGUGUUUUGAACGUAUUCAUCACUGAUUGUGAACUCGAGGUAGGUAGUUCACUCGGGAAAAUGCCUCGUCCUGGAAGAAACACGUACAGCGACCAGAAGCCGCCGUAUUCGUAUAUUUCGCUGACCGCGAUGGCCAUUCAAAGUUGCCCCGAGAAGAUGCUCCCUCUCAGCGAAAUUUACAAGUUCAUCAUGGACAUGUUUCCUUAUUAUCGGGAAAACACGCAGCGCUGGCAAAACUCCCUUCGCCACAAUCUUUCCUUCAACGACUGCUUCAUCAAGAUCCCACGGAGACCGGAUCAGCCGGGCAAGGGCAGCUUCUGGGCUCUCCAUCCCAACUGCGGUGAAAUGUUUGAAAACGGGAGCUUCUUGAGGCGCCGCAAGAGAUUCAAAGUGAUGAUCGCCUCCGAGCACCUGCAAAAACGCUCUGACGCGACGCAUUUCCUCCAGCAACAAGCGAAACUCAGAAUUACCUCUUUAGGGACACAUCUACCUCAGCUGACCAACUACAACUUAAGUGUGUCUCAGCCCUCCACCUUCAAACACCCCUUUGCCAUCGAAAACAUAAUUGCCAGAGAUUACAAAAUGCCAGGAAGCCUUGCUUUCUCCACCAUGCAGUCCAUAUCCACGGGUUAUCAUAUACACAAUCAGCUGACCACGGCUUGGCCCCACAUGCAUAACAGUAAUAAUGUAUAUGGAGUACCACUCAAAUCCCUGAGUCAUGGAGCGCAAAGUUUACCUUCGAUCCCUGUGCCAAUCAAACCUGCUCCAGCUUCGGUAGCGUCCAUCCCGGCGCUGCACGCGCACCUUCCAGCGUUCCUCUCCGGCUCUCCACAGUCCCUGAGUCCGACGUCUCCCGGCCAGAGCAGCCCCGCCACACCGAGCCCGACCUCGCUGCUCCAUUCGCUCGCCGUGCGCUGUCAAGAGGUCACUUAAAACUUUUAGAGGGACUUGAAACUUUCCCGAUACACACACAUCCACGCUGAUUCACUGGCACCGACUUUAUAAGGCAAGACAAAAAACUGACCGUAUAUACAAACCUUCUUAUCAGAAACCUGUGAAACGAUAUAAAGCGAUUAUUUCAAAAUACAGUGGAAAUAAAUAAUCUGUUAAAUUUGUUUAUAGCUCAAUUUGUCUAUGACAUUAUGUCAGGAAUUUAGGCUCAUAUUAUUAAAGGUCAAGAAUCAUAUUGAAAAAUGCACAGAAAAUGUAAGAACGAGCGUAAAGAGUUUAAUUUGGACAGUAAAGUUUAUUAGAAUUAAAAUACGGUCGUUCUCCAUGUAUAUCAUUUCACUUGUAACUUAAAAAUUUGGGCUAUUUUAAAGCUGUUAAGGCUCAUCGACAUCAAGUAAAGAAACAGAAAAAGAAUGAGAAUCGCUUGCACAAGCACAGAUGCUGCGGCCUUACGGUGUGGCAGUGAAGAGAUAUAAAAACUGAAAUACUUCGAAUGCACUUUUGGUGUGACGUUACUCAUAUCGCAAGAGAUCUUGUUCCGUGAACAAUGCUCAGCCUAGUUUAGCCGCUUUCAAAGCUGUUGUAUAAAAGUUUUCUGUAUAAUGUUGACAUAGUGCGAACUACGGGGGAGCUAGAGGGAGCUCGGCUCCCCUUAAUAAGACAUGGGCUCCCCUGAAAACGAGAAAUGUGAAAUUUUGGGGGGUCUCAAAUAAUAUUGACAAUGUGAAUAUUUCGAAGUGCAAUUUCAGUUGUCUAAUGUGAUCAUGACGGAUUAUUAAGUUUAAAAUAGCAAAAAUAUUAUUCAUUCAUGCAUGACGGCGAUUAAAACCUAAUUUACGUCCAUAAAGAUCUAUACAUGCUAUUCUUG